AUGCUCUUCUACAGGGAUGUGGCUCCCCGCGGCAACCGGCGCCCUCCCCCGACCGCCGGCAACACAGGAGGGGCGGCGGCAAUGAGAGACGACCCCCCCGACAUCUCCGCCACCCAGCUGACGUCCAGGAAUUGCCCCGGCGCCCAGCGAGAGGGAGAGGCGGCUGAGGUGAGAGGCGGUCCCUCCGGCGUCCGGCUGGCUUGCCUCCGACGCCCAGCCGGUAUAGUUGCUAUUCUUACUCCUCGAAGCUUUCCUUUGCUGACGCUGACGUGGAAGUUGUGCUCAGCCCUGGCCAUGGGAAACACGGCGAUCUUAAAGCCAGCCAGCAAUACCGGGUUGGCUGCCUUGUUCUUGGCCGAGGCCUGUGCCCAAGCUGGGCUCCCCCCAGGAGUCUUCAAUGUCAUCACUGGCAAUCAGGGGCUGGGAGAAGCCUUGGCACUCAACCCAGGCAUUGACAAAGUGGCCUUUGCUGGAACUGCCAAGGUGGGCUGUUGUCUGCGUCGAGCCACAGAUGGCAGUGGCAAGAAGCUUUGUCUCCAACUUGGGGGGAAGUUGCCCUUCAAUGUCUUUGACUCAGCUGACUUGGAUAGUGCUGUUGACGCAGUGGUGGAUGCCAUCUGGUUGAACCGAGGACAGGUCCACAGUGCUGGGGCUCAGCUGUUCCUUCAGGAAUCCAUUGCCAAAGACUUUAUUCAACGCCUGAAGCACCAAAUGGGGCAGCUUCACUUAGGAGACUCUCUGGACAAAAUCACAGACGUGGGACCGUUGGCCAGCGAGAAACAGCAAAAUUUUAUUGAGAGCCUGGUGGAAGAAGCUCGGGCUGAGGGGGCUGAGGUUUUCCAGGCCUGGGCAUCCCUCCCAUCAAGUCGAUUGUUUUACCCUCCAACCUUAAUCACCGGCGUGUAUCCGACCUCCCGUUGUGUCCGGGAAGAGAUCUUUGGACCUGUUCUGGUAUCCCUGACUUUCCGGACAACCAAGGAAGCGGUGACUUUGGGGAACAGCACACCUCAUGGACUGGCUGCUAGUGUGUGGACCGAAAUUCUCUCCUUAGCACUGGAAGUUGCCCACAGUUUGCAGGUUGGAACAGUCUGGAUCAACAGCCACAAUAUGUUAGAUGCCGCAGCUGCCUUUGGAGGGUACAAGGAAAGUGGCCAUGGACGGAACGGAGGCAAAGAGGCACUUUAUGAAUAUGUGAGACCAAUCUGGGAAAUUCAACCACGCAUUUGUAGUGUGGACCUGAAUUACAAAAACUUUGCUACCUCACCAAAGAGUGAUCUCCCAGUGAUUCCUGGGGACAAGACUCCCUGCUCUCUAGUUUCUGAGCUGAAAGGAGACAUUCCAAGCGUGGACCGAACCUACAAGCUGUACUACGGUGGUGCUCAGAAGAGGCCAGAUUCCUUGAGUUCCCGAGCCAUCCUUGAUCACGCGGGCAAAGCAAUGGCCUGUGUGGCCGAUGGGAAUGCGAAAGACAUCCAUAAUGCAGUGGAAGCCGCUCACAAAGCAGCCCCUGGAUGGGCGAAGAAAACGGCACAUGCCCGGGCACAGAUCUUGUACUACCUGGCUGAAAAUCUGGAACUCCGUCGAGCUGAGAUUGCAUCACAGCUGGAAUCAUUAAUGGGUAUAGAAAAAGAGAAAGCUUUGAUGGAGGUGGAUAUUAGUGUGCGGCGACUAUUUUAUUGGGCAGCUUACUCUGACAAAUGUGGUGGAGUUGUGCAGGAAACCACUCUAUAUGGUGCCUGCGUUCACUUUCAAGAACCUGUUGGUGUCCUGGGAAUUGCCUGUCCAGACGAACACCCCCUCCUCAGUUUUGUCAGCUUGUUUGCUCCAGCCAUUACUCGUGGCAACUGCAUUGUGAUUAUUCCCAGUGAGCGAUACCCUUUGCCUGCCCUGGACUUGAUUCAGCAGGGUUCUGGCCUUGUGGAAUGGGCUUCUGCUGGGAAUCUGAAGAGGACAUGGGUGAAUUACGGAAUUGAUAAACAUUGUUGGAGAGAUCACGAAGAAUCAGGAGAAGAAUUUCUCUACCAGGCCACCCAGUGUAAAAGUGUCUGGAUGCCUAUGGGUGACAUAUUUGCCAACUGAGCUUCAGGGAGGUAAUUGGGAGGUGGGGCAGGGUAAAAAAACCCACCCCUAUUGUUGAUAAUAAAAGAGCAUUUCUCCAU